UGUGCUCCGCGACGCUCGAUUUUCGACUCGGGGAACUUAAUGUGACAGCUGUCGGCGUUGAGUCCUUUUCAGCACCACUGCAUCAACAUGGGUGUGAUCGGUGUGCAGCUGGUGGUUACCAUGGUAAUGGCCAGUGUCAUUCAGAAGAUCAUACCUCAUUAUUCCUUCGCAAGAUGGCUGCUCUGCAGCGGAGGUCUUCGGUGGUACCAGCACCCUACGGAAGAUGAGUUGAGGAGCCUUGCUGGAAAACAACAAAAAACAAAGAGCAAGAAGGACCGGAGGAACAAUGGCCACAUAGAUUACAAGCCUCUGACCAUUCCCAAGGACAUAGACCUGCAGCUGGAGACCAAGUGCAUCACAGAAGUGGAUACGUUAGCGUUGCACUACUUCCCAGAGUUCCAGUGGCUGGUGGACUUCACGGUGGCAUCCACAGUGGUGUAUCUGAUCACAGAGCUGUACUACACUGUGGCCGAGCCCUCAGGAGAGAUGAACAUCAGCGUGGUGUGGUGCCUGCUGGUCCUUGCCUUUGUCAUUAAGACUCUGUUCUCCCUGACGGCCUUCUACUUCAAGCUGGAGGAGGGCGGUGAGCGCUCACUCUGCAUCACCUUCGCUUUCUUCUUCUUCGUCAAAGCCAUGGCCAUCCUCAUCGUCACCGAGAACUACCUGGAGUUUGGCCUGGAGACAGGUUUUGCAAAUUUCUCUGAAAGUGCCACACAUUUUUUAGAGAACCAGGGGUUGGAGUCCCAGGGUCCCAUAUCUAAACUCACCUUUAAGCUGAUCCUGGCCCUGCUCUGCUCUCUGAUUGGUGCAUUUCUCACCUUCCCUGGCCUACGAUUGGCCCAAAUGCACCUGGACGCCCUCAACCUGACCACAGCUAAAGUCACACAGACCUUGCUUCAUAUCAACUUCCUGGCCCCUCUUAUUAUGGUAUUGUUAUGGGUCAAGCCCAUAACCAAGGACUACAUCCUGAACCCUACCCUGGGGAAGGAGAGUUUGCCUUUGAUGACUGAGGAGACGUACGAUACGUUGCGUUUAUGGACCAUCCUGCUGCUGUGUGUGCUGCGCCUGGCUAUGAUGAGGCACCACCUCCAGGCCUACCUCAGCCUGGCCCAGAAGGGCGUGGAGCAGAUGAAGAAGGAGGCGGGACGCAUCAGCACUGUCGACCUGCAGAAGAUGGUGGCCCGUAUUUUCUACUACCUAUGUGUAAUCGCACUGCAGUAUGUGGCACCCUUGGUGAUGUUGCUGCAUACAACCUUGCUGCUAAAAACCUUAGGUGGACACUCCUGGGGGGUGUACCCUGAGGAAGACUUCCCCUGUCCGCUGGACUCUGACCCUGCCAUGGUGGCAGCACCAACUGCAGCUCCAGGGCCGGAGGUGGAGGCCCACCUGUCAGUGGCUCUUGGGGGCCUGCGGACAGUGUUCACCCCCCUGCUUUUCCGCGGCCUCCUCUCCUUCUUCACCUGGUGGAUCGCUGCCUGCCUCUUCUCCACAUCAAUAUUCGGCCUCUUCUAUCAUCAGUAUCUUAUGGCGGCAUAGCAGCAUUGCCCCAGGUUCAGUGUGGUGUCCCACAAGGCUCUGUUCCAGGCCCUUUCAGAAGUGACUGUGUGGGGCAGGUGCCCUAAUGACAACUCCCCUGCCACAGCCCUGUCACUCAUGAUCCUAUCAGCAGAGCUCCUCGUUCACCCCCAGUGCUUCCUCCAUGGAUGACUCUAAACCUUUUUUUUAUAACCUUAUUUUUGAGAGCAGGAUUCACAAAUCCUUACCAAGAGACUAAUGUAAAUGAGAGUAAUGAUAAUAUACACUGAGUGUACAAAACAUUAAGAACACCUUCCUAGGGGCUGUUAUGGUGACCGUAUUACCGCCACACUGGCGUUCAUGACAGCAGUCAUAUUCCAUGUGACCAUUUAAUCACGGUAAGUAGACUUCUCCAAGCUCUGCUGCUGAUGGUCAUUAGUAGCCUACCAAACUUGCUUACUGCCUGGUACUCAGCACUCUAUUGUCCCUCUAGUCACUCUGACAUCAAUGCAAAGAAAUCGAAAAUCAAACACUCCAUGUGAACUCAUGUGCAACAUUUCUAUAGGCUAUGCAAAUGCGUGAGAAAACAGAGUUUUGAUGGCCUCUAUUUAAAUUAUUUUUUUUUCUUUAUUUAACCAGGUAGGCCAGUUGAGAACAAGUUCUCAUUUAGAAAUGCGACCAGGCCAAGAUGGAGCAAAGCAGUGCGACACAAACAACAGAGUUACACAUGGGAUAAACAAACGUACAGUCAAUAACACAAUAGAAAAAAAAAUAUACAGUGUGUGCAAAUGUAGUAAGAUUAGGGAGGUAAGGCAAUAAAUAGACCAAAGUGGUGAAGUAAUUAAAAUUAGGCAUUAACACUGGAGUGAUAGAUGUGGAGAAGAUGAAUGUGCAAGUAGAGGUACUGGGGUGCAAAGAAGCAACAACAAAACAAAUAUGGGGAUGAGGUAGUUCGGUGGGCUAUUUACAGAUGGGCUGUGUACAGGUGCAAUGACCAGUAAGCUGCUCUGACAGCUGAUGCUUAAAGUUAGUGGGGGAGAUAUAAGACUCCAACUUCAGUUAUUUUUUGCAAUUCGUUCCAGUCAUUGGCAGCAGAGAACUGGAAGGAAAGGUGGCCAAAGUAGGAGUUGGCUUUGGAGAUGACCAGUGAAAUAUACCUGCUGGAGCACGUGCUACAGGUGGGUGCUGCUGUGGUGACCAGUGAGCUGAGAUAAGGUGGGGCUUUAACUAGCAAGACUUAUAUAUGACCUGGAGCCAGUGGGUUUGGCAACAAAUAUGAAGCGAGGGCCAGCCAAUGAGAGCAUACAAGUUGCAGUGAUGGGUAGUAUAUGGGGCUUUGGUGACAAGAUGGAUGGCACUGUGAUAGACUACACUUAGUUUGCUGAGUAGUGUUGGGGGCUAUUUUGUAAAUUACAUCGCCGAAGUCAAGGUUCUGUAGGAUAGCAUGAGUGAAGGAUGCUUUGUUGCGAAAUAGGAAGCCGAUUCUAGAUGUAAUUUUGGAUUGGAGAUGCUAAAUGUGAGUCUGGAGGGAGAUUUUACAGUCUAACCAGACACCUAUGUAUUUGUAGUUGUCCACAUAUUCUAAGUCAGAACUGUCCAGUGUCGUGAUGCUAGACAGGCGGGCGGGUGCGGGCAGCAAUCGGUUGAAGAGCAUGCAUUUAGUUUUACUUGUAUUUAAGAGCAGUUGGAGGCCACGGAAGGAGAGUUGCAUGGCAUUGAAGUUAACACAGUGUCCAAAGAAGGGCCAGAAGUAUACAGAAUGGUGUCAUCUGCGUAGAGAUGGAUCAGAGAAUAACCAGCAGAAAUAGCGACAUCAUUGAUGUAUACAUUGAAAAUCGUCGGGCUGAGAAUUGAACCAUGUGGCACCCCCUGAGAGACUUUCAGAGGUCCGGACAACAGGCCCUCCGCUUUGACACAGUGAUGUAUAUCUGAGAAGUAGUUGGUGAACCAGGCGAAGCAGUCAUUUGAGAAACCAAUGCUGUGUAGUCUCCCGAUAAGAAUGCGGUGAUUGACAGAGUCGAAAGCCUUGGCCAGGUCGAUGAAGACGGCUGCACAGUACUGUCGUUUAUCGAUGGUGGUUAUGAUAUCGUUUAGGACCUUGAGUGUGGCUGAGGUGCACCCAUGACCAGCUCGGAAACCAGAUUGCAGAGCGGAGAACGUACGGUGGGAUUCAAAAUGGUUGGUGAUGUGUUUUGUUAACUUGGCUUUCGAAGACUUUAGAAAGGCAGGGUAGGAUAGAUAUAGGCCUGUAACAGUUUGGGUCUAGAGUGUCUCUCCCUUUGAAGAGGUAGAUGACCGCGGCAGAUUUCCAAUAUUUAGGGUUCUCAGACGAUAUGAGAGGUUGAUCAGGCUAGUAAUAGGGGUUGCAACUAUUUGUGGCGGAUCAUUUUAGAAAGAGAGUGUUUAGAUUGUCUAGCCCAGCUGAUUUGUAGGUGUUAGAUUUUGCCGCUCUUUCAAAACAUCAGCUAUCUGGAUUUGGGUGAAGGAGAAAUGGGGGAGGCUUGGGCAAGUUGCUGUUGGGGGUGCAGAGCUGUUGACCCAGGUAGGGGUAGCCAGGUGGAAAGCAUGGCCAGACGUAGAAAAAUGCUUAUUGAAAUUCUUGGUUAUUGUAGAUUUAUCGGUGGUGACAGUGUUUCCUAGCCUCAGUACAGUGGGCAGCUGGGAGGAGGUGCUCUUUAUCUCCAUGGACUUUUUGGGGUAUGUUCUACAGGAUGCAAAUUUUUGUUUGAAAAAGCUAGCCUUUGCUUUCUUAACUGCAUGUGUAUAUUUGUUCCUGACUUCCCUGAAAAGUUGCAUAUCGUGGGGAUUAUUCGAUGCUAAUGCAGUACGCCACAGGAUGUUUUUGUGCUGCUAAAGGGCAGUCAAGUCUGGAGUGAACCAGGGGCUAUAUCUGUUCUUAGUUAUACUUUUUUUUUGAAUGGGGCAUGCUUAUUUAAGAUUGUGAGGAAAGCACUUUUAAAGAAUAACCAGGCAUCCUCUACUGACAGAAUGAGGUCAAUAUCCUUCCAGGACACCCGGGCCAGGUCGAUUAGAAAGGCCUGCUCGCUGACGUGUGUUAAAGAGCGUUUGACAGUGAUGAGGGGUGGUUGUUUGACCGCGGACCCAUUAUGGAUGCAGGCAAUGAGGCAGUGAUCGCUGAGAUCCUAGUUGAAGACAGCAGAGGUGUAUUUAGAGGGCAGGUUGAAGGUGCCCGUGUUUAUGGAUUUAGGGUUGUACCUGAUAGGUUCCUUGAUAAUUUGUGUGAGAUCGAGGGCAUCUAGCUUAGAUUGUAGGACAGACGGGGUGUUAAGCAUAUCCCAGUUUAGGUCACCUAACAGUACAAACUCUGAAGAUUAAUGGGGGCAGUUAAUUCACAUAUGGUGUCCAGGGCACAGCUGGGGGCUGAGGGGGGUCUAUAACAACAGUGAGAGACUUAUUUCUGGAAAGGUGGAAUUUUAAAAGUAGAAGCUCGAACUGUUUGGAUAUAGACCUGGAUAGCAUGACAGAACUCUGCAGUAGAUUGCAACUCCACCCCCUUUGGCAGUUCAAUCUUGGUGGAAAAUGUUGUAGUUGGGAUGGACAUUUCUGAAUUUUUGGUGGCCUUUCGAAGCCAGGAUUCAGACACGGCUAGGACAUCAGGGUUGGCGGACUGUGUUAAAGCAAUGAAUAAAACACACUUAGGGAGGAGGCUUCUGAUGUUAACAUGCAUGAAACCAUGGCUUUUACGGUUACAGAAGUCAAAAAGUGAUAGCGCCUGGGGAAUAGGAGUGGAACUGAGGGCUACAUAGCCUGGGUUAACCUCAACAUCACCAGAGGAGGAGUAGGAUAAGGGUACCGCUAAAGGCUAUAAGAACUGGUUGUCUAGUGCGUUGGGGACAGAGAAUAAAAGGAGCAUAUUUCUGGGCAUGGUAGAAUAGAUUCAGGGCAUAAUGUAUAAUGUCAUAGUAGGAUGUGAGUACAGUGGAGGUAAACCUAGGCGUUGAGUGACGAUGAGAGGUUUCGUCUCUGGAGGCACCAGUUAAGCCAGGUGAGGUCUCCGCAUGUGUGUGGGGUGGGACAAAAGAGCUAUCUAAGGCAUUUUGAGUGGUACUGAGGGCUCUACAGUGAAAUAAAACAAUAUAUAAAAAAAGCCAAGACAGCAAUAGACAAGGCAUAUUGACAUUAGAGAGAGGCAUAAAGCAAACACAGGUCAGGAGAGCUAAGACAACAACGGGUAAAUGACGAUGAAUGGGCAGAGCGGGUCAGUUAGGUACAUACAGGACCUGAGUUUGAGGCUGGGGCCGACAGGUAAACAAAAUGAGGUACCGUGUUAUUGAAACGGUUCAGGGGUCAUCAGCUAUGUAGCCGAGUGAUCAUAUGGUCAAAAGAGCAGCAAUAGGUGAGUCAGGGUGCCGUUCGGUAGUCACUACUACUCUAGGCGAGCAGGGGACACAGCGUUCAGAAAAGCUAGUGGGCCGGGGCUAGUAGAUGGUUCUUUGGCGACAUCGUAACAGAAUAGCCUGUUGAGACCACAUCGGGCGAUCACGUCAGCAGUCCAGUCGUGAUGUAUCGGCUGGGCUCCGUGUUGACAAUAAAGGGUCCAGAACAAUUGACAAAGGAGGUGUUGUAGCCCUAGAAUUAGCUGGUAUAUGGGCCUAGAUCGAGGCUAGCUGGUGCUUGCUUCGGGACAGAGGCGUUAGCUAACAGUAGCCACUCGUUUGCAACUAGCUAACCACGUUGAUCCGGUGUAAUGAUCCAGAGCGGCAGGAAUCCGGUGAUUGGUAGAGAGAAGCAGUCCGGUAUGCUCUGGGCUCAUAUCGUGUUUAGCAGACAGGGAGAUGUUGUCCGAGCUAAGGCUGGCUGGCUGGUGACUGAGAAAAAGGUGAAGACCGCUAGCCGUGGCUAACAAAGACUAUUAGCUAGUUAGCUGGCUACCUCCUGAUGGAAGUUCCAGUUAUAAGGAAUAAAAAUAGCAGAUCCGUACCACAUUGGGUGAGGCAGGUUGCAGGAAAGUAUAUUUAGUUCGUAGAUAGAAAGUGAGAUUAAGAUGUAUACGAAAAAGAGCGGCUAUUUACACUGGAUAAGACACGGGAUAAGACAAACACACACGUCCUACCGCUACGGCAUCUUAGAAUUGCGCCAUCCUAUUCUAUUAAAAAUAGGAGAAUCCCAUCAGCUUUUUCUAUAGGCUAUGCAUGCUAUAUUUAUUUCUCAACUUUUCUAAUAUAAAGUACAUUGCUUCUCUUUACAACAGGAGUAUAGCCUACCUGGCUGGCAUGAAAAUGAACCACGGAAAAAGCGUUUAAGUGCAUAGAUGACAUGUAGUUUUUUCCCCCUGCCACUGUUCUGAGACAGGUGCAUUAUAAUGGUCCAUUCUAAAUCAAAACAUAUUUCACGUAUAUGUAAAGACAAGAUUAAAUCAAGAAUAGUCUGAUAGGUGGCAAUAUUAGCCUAUCACUUGUGAAUGAUGUAUUAUAACUUGUGAAUGAUGCCAAGUGUAUGCAGUAAGGCAAAUAGCACAUGCGGGGGGGUUUUGCGACUUUUUCAGAUUAUAGUCGCACUGCUCAUGUCGCCUAGCCCAUAGGCCUGUAUGUUUUGAUAAGGUUUUAUCACAUCUAGAGUGGCCAGAUAACUUCUUCAAAUGAAGCACGUUAAUCCUCUUUACAACCAGUGUAGAGCCUAAGUUUGGGGAACAUAAUUUUCACCAUAAAAAUGAAACUUUAUAAUAAAGCAUUACAUGCAUAAUCGCAUUUGCGGUCACUUUUGAGAACAGUGUUUUCCCGCUAAUUGAUUAUAUUUAGGAACAUGUGCGCUGAUAGGCUACUGCCGUGUGCACAUUGCUCAGCUUAUAAUGUGAAGAAAUAGCCUAAUUUAUCAACAUUUUAAGUUAAACGUUCUGAUCUGUUGCAUCAGCCUCAUUGCUUUUAAAAUAAAUGUUGAUGUGAGUGGUUGUAUUAAUUUGGGAUCUAUCGCAUCCCACAACUGUCCCAGACUAUGUUUAGAAUAUUUAUGCACAGAAGGGCAAGUUGACCAAUAGAAUAGGUAAACUUUUGUGGUACGGUGGAUAGCAGAUUGACAUAGGCUAGUGUUUUUGCCCUUCGUUUGGCCUACUCAUCUUGUUGGCUGACGAAAAGUAAAUGUGGACAGUUCUUCUAACAUCUUCAAUAUGCGCCUCGGAAUUCGAUAAGCGGGAUGAGCGCAGUUGCGUCCCCGAUAUGUUUGCCUUCACUUGUAGCCUACUUAGCUGAGAAGCCUGUGAGAAGGACACGAUUACAUGACGGGCAUUGGUUAAAAAUAAUUGAGAUAUCUGAGAGAGCCAUGUGAGUGAGAGGUACUUUGGAGCAAGGUGAUUGGCAGCCGGGAGAAGGGAAUUAUAAUUAUUAUAUUCAGCCCAAGGGCAUAACGUCCACUUUGGCUGCAAAAGGCAUGGGUUUUUUAGGGGGCAUUACGUCCACACAAGGGGGAUGCCGCUGGGAAAUUCGAGGCCUGGUGAUACAUUUUAUCAAGUGCUUGUCAAAUUGUGAACAAGAGACUGAUGAAGUGUGUGCAGCCUACACAAGAAACAAAGCAGAGGUCAUGCCUUUCAUGCAAUUCUUUUCAAAUCCUCAUUAGUUGCAUCAUGCAGGCUUAGAAUGUAUUAAAAAUCUAAACAUAUAGCCCAACGUUUAUCACAACUAAGGUUGCAGAAAUAACUAAAUGAAGCAUAUAGGAGAACUUGUUUCUUUGUUAACCUCUUAACACAGAAUAGCCAUGUGUGCGCUCUCCCACAGAAAUCGUUUGAAGAAAAUGUCCUUUGUGUUUUAUUCAGCAAUGUUCAAUUGUAUUCUUCAUACUGUAAAAUAAUACAACGGAAUUCUAAGCAAAUCUUUAUGUACGCCCAGAGCCAUAUGGCUAGCCAGAUUCUGCUCUUCUGAAAUAGGCUACCUAUUCUUCAUAUCAUGUUUCUUUAGACCUGUAAUGGAUUUAUCGUGAUGGUGUAGGCUAUAUUACAUAGAUUUAUUAGACUUUUUAAAAUGUAGAUGUUCCAAAGUUCUACAUCAGUGGCUUGUAGACUAUGCGUGGAUGCCAGGAGAUGCUAAACAUGUUUAUGUAAAUUGAAGGUCAAAUACAGUAAGACCGGCAGUUAUUUUCACCGGCUGACAAAAUUUCAUUACCGCCACAGCCCUACACCUUCCUAAUAUUGAGUUGCCUCAAUUCGUCGGGGCAUGGUGUCGAAAGUGUUCCACAGGGAUGCUGGCCCAUGUUGAAUCCAGUGCUUCCCAAAUUUAUAUCAAGUUGGCUGGAUGUCCUUUGGGGGGUGGACCAUUCUUGAUACAGAUGGAAAACUGUUCAUGAAAAACCCAGCAGCGUUGCAGUUCUUGACACACUCAAACCAGUGUGCCUGGCACCUACUACCAUACCAUGUUCAAAGGCACUUAAAUAUUUGGUCUUGCCCAUUCACCCUCUGAAUGGCACACAUACACCAUCCAUGUCUCAAAGCUUAAAAGUCCUUUAACCUGUCAUCUCCCCUUCAUCUACACUGAUUUUGAAUUGGAUUUAACAAGUGUCAUCAGUAAGGGAUCAUACAUUAGCUUUCACCUGGAUUUCCUUGGUCAGUCUGUCAUGGAAAGAGCAGGUGUUCAUAAUACUUUGUACACUCAGUGUGCGUACAGUCUUAAACAGAGCAGCAGAAACGACCUUGUCUCUGCAUACUGUGGUGGGGCUUGGGACCUGUGGAUUGUGUGAUGGGACAUGAGAGCUAAACCGCUGCUCGCAAGUCACGGUUUGAGAAGGGACAGCUGGAAGCAAUGCUAUUCCUGCUGGAGGAGGAGGGGAACCUCACUGGGACAUUCCAUGCUGAGAUCCCAUCACUUGAAACUGUGCAAUGUGUACUUAUGAUUUGUGAUGUAUAUUACCCCCCCAUUUUACUGACCCUGGUACAAACUGAGCCAUAUUGGAAGAGCUGAGAGAAACUUGUGCCCCUUCUGACAAGUUGUGACAGCAGUCAGGUAGGGCAGCACACAGGGCCUGUUCAAGGGAAUAGCAUCUGUAGAUGUUUUAUUUAAUCUUUUAGUUUGACAGGGAAAUCACAUGGAGACCAAUGUCUCUUUUACAGGUGAGCCCUGUAGAUUAAUACUCGUGUGUGCAGACUAAAGUAAACAAAUGUAUCGUAGAUCUGUAAUGAUGCAAUGGGAUGCGUGAAAUAACGAGCGGCAUUAGUUCCGGUACUUUGGACAAAUCACGAUUUCGCAGGUGUUUCGGAAGGAGAGAGGACAUUUGGCCCAUAGACUUGCCCAUAACCUGCAGAGAGAGAGAGAGAAGGUGGAGGUCUUCGUUCCGGGUCCGAUCCUUUUUCGAUAUCUUCUCUUAACGUGUGGAACCAGAACUUAAAUGAGCAUUUUACCAAUCACACAAGACUUUAGUUCUGGAUUAACUAAGAUUGGCAUGUGUGUAUGAAUCUAUGUGAUGUGAGUAAGAUCCCUGCUGUCAUGUUGGCAUACAUUAUGCCCGUGGGCAGUAGGUAGCCUAGCGGUUAAAAACUAAAAGGGCCUUUUGAUCAAGAGAAGAUUUAAGUCAACUGCCACUUAUAAGCCACAGACUCUUUUCCUCCACUCUCCCCUCUCCCCUCCUCGACCCAACUCCACCCUCGACCCUCCUCAAUUCUCUUCUCCCCUCCUCCACCCAUUGUAGAGCCAGUAGAGAAACUAUGAUUAUCUGUGAAUUUAUGAAUAUUUAUUUUGAAAGAGAUGCCAAGUAAGACUGACCCUUCCAGUGGGCUUUAGAUUUGAUGUCUGCUAGUUUUGAACAUACAGCAACUCUGCGGCCUUCUGUCUUCAGAGUCCCAAUGCGGACUCAAUGGAGCACAAGUGUGUACUCAUACGCUUGUGCAUAUAUUUUAUGUACAGCAAGACUUUCACAGGCUUACUGACAUGCAUGCACACACACACACAGAGUCAUGUGCUUGAACACAGGGAUGAUUGUCCAGCCCGUUCAGGAAUAAAAGACAGUUGUCUGGACACUACUCUGAUUGUAGGCCUAUGUCUACUUGAAGUCCAGAGGGGUAUACUACAAAGCAGGAUCAAUGAGUUAGCCUGCUAACUGAUAAACAACAAUCAAUUUUCUGGAUCAUUAAGAACGCUAUAUGUAGAUAUGUAUUUUUGGUCAGUUAGACUAUGCCCAUUUCAAGCAUAUCUUUCUAAAAAACUAAAAAUGUAUUUCAGAAUAUUUAGGCAAGCUAGCUAACUCUUUGAUCUUACUAACCUUUAACUAGGCAAGUCAGUUAAGAACAAAUUCUUAUUUACAAACCCGGACGAGCCUGGGCCAAUUGUGCGACGCCCUAUGGAACUCCCAAUUACGGCUGGUUGUGAUACAGCCUGGAUUCGAACCAGGGUGUCUGUAGUGAGAUGCAGUGCCUUAGACCGCUGCACCACUCGGGAGCCCCCUUGAUCUUUGUAGUAUACCCAUCAGAGUUCAGAGAGGUUGUUUUGGUCAAUGGUUAUCGUAACACUAACUCCGUAUUGAUAUGUAGACUCAGCGAUGUGACGUAGAUGCAGAAAGUAAACAGCAUAGUUGGUCAAUUUCCACAACAACUAAGAGCAUUGAAGAGCGAAGCUCAACUUAUCCGCUGUUUUGGUGCCCUGGCUACCAAACUGUGAACAGCGUGAAGCGAACCCAUGCACAUGCACAGAUACUGUGUGAGAGUGAAGUCUUGCAUCUCGCUCAUUUCAAUAUCUGCGGUGCUGCUCGUAGCAAAGUCAUUUCGCUGAGUCAACCUUUAACAUGUUUACACAGCAUUAUAUCGGAUGACAAAAUCAUUGUUUUGUUUCCUGUGAAGGCUUUCUGUCAGUCUUACCUUAACAUGUUCCUCUCUUGAAAGGUGGGGAAUGUGCACACUAUGAAUGUAUCAAUCCUGCCUAAUUUCAGCUUGUUUUUAUGAUGAAAGUGUUUGGUGUCCGUGAUUUAAAUUGUUACCUUCAACGGUUAACGGCUGCACAUGGCUCUUAUUACCAGCCCUAUGCCUCGUGACUAGUUCAACAGAAGAUUUAUUGAACCUCUACGAACACCACGUUUUGAAGUAAAAUAAAAAUAAAAAAAAAAUGCAUUUAUUGUAUACUGAACAAAAAUAUAAAUGCAACAUGUAAAGUGUUGAUUUCAUGAGCUGAAAUUAAAAAAAAUCUGGAAAUGUUCCAUAUGCACAAAUUUGUUUACGUCCCUGUUAGUGAGCAUUUCUCCUUUGCCAAGAUAAUCCAUCCACCAGAAAGGUGUGCCAUAACAAGAAGCUGAUUAAACAGCACGAUCAUUACACAGGUGCACCUUGUGCUGGGGAUAAUAAAAGGCCACUCUAAAAUGUGCGGUUUUGUCACACAACACAAUUCCACAGAUGUCUCAAGUAUUGAGGGAGCCUGCAAUUGGCAUGCAGACUGCAGGAAUGUCCACCAGAGCUGUUGCCAGAGAAUUUAAAGUCCAUUUCUCUACCAUAAACCGCCUCCAAUUUACGUUUUAGAGAAUUUGGCUGUACGUCCAACCGGCCUCACAACCGCAGACCACUUUUAACCACACCAGCCCAGAACCUCCACAUCCGGCAUCUUCACCUGUGGGAUUGUCUGAGGCCAGCCACCCAGACAGCUGAUGAAACUGAGGAGUAUUCCUGUCUGUAAUAAAGCCCUUUUGUGGGGAAAAGCUGUCUCCCCAGUGGGUGGCCCUAUGCCCACCAAUGGCUGGGCCUAAUUCAUUUAUUUCAAUUGACUGAUUUCCUCUUAUGAACUGUAACUCUGGAAACUCACUGAAAUUGUUGCAUGUUGUGUUUAUAUUUCUGUUCAGUAUAUACAGUUUUUGAGGGGCUGUAUUAUUGGACUGUACAAUGUUUCAGUUCAGAAAUGUUUUCAAGACAAAUCAAUUGCAAAUUGUAUCUUUAAUUUGCUCCAUGACAUGUCAAUCAAGGAUUAGCUGAGAUACUUUUACAAUGCAUUGGCCAAAAAUGCAUUGUUUGUCUCGUCUGUCACCAUUUGCGUUUUUUUUUUUGUAUUUCUUUAUUUGGGUUCAAAAGUAUUUCUACAUUUCCAUGUGUUUAUUAUUUCUGGUUUAGUUUGUCUUUAAAUUAAAAUAAUUUUGUGUUUUUUAGAAUUUGUUUUCGAUCUCAAGAAUUUCCAUUUACUGACUUACCGGUUGCUAAUUGGCCAAGUUGCUUUUCCUUGUGCUGCGCUACAAAUGUUUUAUGUCUCAGAGGGUUCCUCUCCCAGUGGCCAGGCUAGGCCAGCAGUGGCAUGAUUGAGUAACCAUUACACUUAAACUGCAUGAGAGGUUACAUUCAAGACUAGAUUAUCUAAAACAUUUGUAUUUUUUAACCGAUUUGUUCUGAAAUAUUAUUGAGGACCUUUAGACCGCUGAUCACUUGAGCUCUAUGCGCCAGAGUCGUGGACACUGCAGGAGGGACCCACUGUAGGAGGGACCCACUGCAGGAAUGACCCACUGUAGGAGGGACCCACUGCAGGAGGGACCCACUGCAGGAAUGACCCACUGUAGGAGGGACCCGCUGCAGGAAUGACCCACUGUAGGAGGGACCCACUGCAGGAAUGACCCGCUGUAGGAAUGACCCACUGUAGGAGGGGCCCGCUGCAGGAAUGAAGAGUGCCACUAGAGGCAUGGCAUACAUGUAUGUACCUCUUCUCGAAAGCUCUGAUAAUGUUGCCAGUUUCUGACUCAAUAAUGCAGCAAUUUUCCAAUGGACAAGUGUUAAUAUAGUGAGUCAUCAUUGGUUGUGGAUGAGGUGAGUUUCCCACUUACUAUGUAAAGUGCUUUCAGUACCUCGGUAGAAAGGCUCUAUAUAAAUCCAAACCAUAAUCAGCAUUAUUAUUACGAUGGCAUCUGUUGUAGUAUUUGACUUUAUAACUAAAUUGAUCAUACCUUCAGGCAGCUGUUGGAUGAUGAUUAGAAAGAGUUAGGCCAUGUGAGAAUAGUGUCCAGACUCAUUAAUCCAUAUGUUACCAGUGAAAAACAUUAGCUUCAAUUUGAAUUAUUUCCUAGUGAUUCAGUAUUGUCUGAUAUGUGUGUUCACUCCCUGUGUAAAGGGGAGUUACCCUGCUCAGAUGUUGCAUGGGUUAAAGGAAAACUCCACUCAAAAACUGAUCCAGUCCCAAAGUGUUUUGCAUGUCAACUGUAACGUCCUGACCAGAGUUCUUAUGUGUUUUGCUUGUUUAGUGUUGGUCAGGACGUGAGCUGGGUGGGAAUUCUAUGUUGUGUGUCUAGUUAGUCUGUUUCUGUGUCCAGCCUAAUAUGGUUCUCAAUCAGAGACAGCUGUCAAUCGUUGUCCCUGAUUGAGAAUCAUAUAUAGGUGGCUUGUUUUGUGUUGGGGAUUGUAGGUGGUUGUUUCCUGUCUUUGUGUUUUGUCUGCACCAGCUAGGACUGUGACGGUUAGUUUUUUUUGUCAUUUUGUAUAGUGGCUUGUUUUGUGUUGGGGAUUGUGGGUGGUUGUUUCCUGUCUUUGUGUUUUGUCUGCACCAGCUAGGACUGUGACGGUUAGUUUGUUUUGUCAUUUUGUAUAGUGUCUUGUUUUGUGUUAAUUAAAUCAUGGAAAAUUACCAUGCUGCACAUUGGUCCUCAGAUCCUUCUCGCCUCUCCUCGUCUGAGGAGGAGGAUGACUUAGACUGCCGUUACAUCAGCAGUAAAGUUUUCAAGAUAUUGGACUUUUAAGAAGCCAAGUGUCACUUCAUCAUGAAGUUUCAAGUGACAACUUUGCUUCUUGAAAGUCCAAUAUCUUGAAAACUUUACUGCUGACAUGCAAAACACUUUGGGACUGUAUCAAAAGUGGACUAAGGAAAAAAAUACCAAAUUAUAGUUUUUGAAUGGAUUUUUCCUUUAAGUGCCAUGUCAUCGACUGUGGAGUCUAGCACCAGAUUUCUAUAACAUGGUUAGCUGAUACGUAAAAUACCGAUGCAGGAACUGUAAGAUUGGCAUGCAUCAACAACACCUGAGCAGGGGAACACAACCAUGUGUCCCUAUAUUGUCCCUUUCUCCGUAUCGACGCCUCUCUGCUCUUUUCAUAAAAUCAUUACAGGAGAACCAUUCUUUCCUGUUUGAAUGUGGUUUUGACAACAGUGAGUUUAUACUGUUUGGCACGCUGUGUGUGUGUAUAGUGAAAUUAUUCUCAAUGAUUUAACAGUUCUCUGUAGACUAUAACAGGCAAGUAAUUACUUAUUUUUACUGAGAGGAAAAACCGACUGAUUUUUAUACAUUGUCUGAGUCUUGAAUUUAAAUAAAGUGGCAUUUGUUUUGUAA